AUGAUGGGUACCCGUGACAAUAUACCACGCUACUUUGCCAAGUCUGGCCCAACUGACGCUGACCCUCGCAAGACAAAGAAAGACGGAGGUGGCAAAGGCAAUUGGGGCCGAUCGGGUGACGAAAUGCAGGACACUGACUACUCCUUUGCCAAUGCUAGACGUCGAUCCAACAGUAGCACUCAGGGUCUGGCCGACUUCAACACCAAAUUCGAGGCUUUUGAACCAGAGCCUGUUUUCGAGGAAGAGGUUGACGACAAGGACAUGGCUACCGCGAAUGAAAAUGCCGUGACCAAGGUCGAGAGUGCCAGCAGCAAUGAGAGUGUGGCCGAUCAUGAGGGAAGGAAGUAUUAG